AUGGGUGCUAAAGAAAGCGUGGAGGCUGCUAAAUUUUCUGCGCAAAAUUGGAACAAUUUCGAGCAUGGAGUUGUGAAACAUCACUAUAGACACGGCACUCAACGCUCUCAGAGUCUCAAUCGUGGGCACUCUCUGUCGCGCUCCGAUGGCACCUGCGUAGUAACGUGUGCCGAGUGCGGACAGCGCACCAUGGGCAACAAACUAUCGUCUUGCUCGUGCGCUCCCAUCCUCCGCAAGGCGUACCGCUAUGAAGAUAGCCCGUGGCAGAACUCCCGACGACGUGAUGGACAUCUAUUGAGGCUGUGGGCGGAGGUAUUCCACGUGUCAGCCAGUGGAGCUGGUACAGUUAAAUGGCAGCAAGUAUCCGAGGACCUGGUGCCAGUCAACAUCACCUGCAUCCAGGACUCACCUGAAUGUGUGUUCCACAUCACCGCGUACAACUCACAGGUCGACAAAAUAUUGGACGUCAGACUACUUCAACCUGGCACUCGUAUCGGUCAGGCCUCUGAAUGCUUCGUGUACUGGAAGGAUCCUAUGACUAAUGACACCUGGGGCCUCAACUUCACUUCACCCAUCGAUGCAAAACAGUUUAGGGAAUGCUGCUCACCAUCAUUCAAAUUCUCACGUAAGGCAUCUUCGAGCUACAGCCUGAAACUCGAGCCACCAGGCAGCAAGCAGAAGAUGAAAACUAAGAGGAAACCAGUAUCUACACCCGCCAGCCCCAACCGAUCGAGCAGUCUGACAUAUGGCCGUGAACCACAAUGCACUUGCAUGACCCAAGAACAAUAUUCCAGGCUACGAGCUCAAGAUCCUCGCUACCGCUCGUCAACUUUGCCGCGAACAGCUACCCGUGCUAUUGAGACGGACGCCGCUGCUGGUACAGGUCGCUCCGACAAAGUCGCCGCCGCAACAUCUUCCACAUCGCUUUACGACAAUGUCACCAAUACACAGCCGCAAAACCAGGCGCCACCUAAACCUGCGACCCGCCAGAGUGAGAGUCAUCAGUCAGCUCCAUCGCGUCCUCCGAAAUCUCAGGAGACUUCCACUAUGACUACAAACACUUCAACGGCUCCGAAAACAGUGACUGCAUCGGUAGGAACACAUGGUACUAGUACCAGCGAAGAAUCUCAGACAUCUACGGGCACUACAGUUCAGCAUGCUCAAGACCUGAAGUCUGAAGGGGUGCAGGCUGGUGGAACUCUUACCUCCAAAUCCUCGUCAACAUCCACUCGAUCUAAGGAUCACCUGCAGCACAUGCCUAAGAGUGUGGACUACGGAGAUGGAAACGAAUCUUCUCGUGAAUCUGACAGGCACUCUAUGCACAACCACAACGUAAUCAAUAACAACACAUCUGGGUCACGACGUACAAAGUCCAAAAGCACAGAAGAUAUGAAUAUGGACUCGAGCACACUCAAGCGUAUGCUCAAGCCGAUGCCAUCUACUGAGAGCCCAGUCACAUCACCUGAAAUGGGUCGUCGGCGUUAUGGAGGUGCUUGUCCCCCAAGCUGCGGACCCCAUGGGCACAGACAUCAACCACAUGGUCAUGGACAUUACGCCCAUAUCGUCAAUAAUAACAGCAGACAGGGAUCUCAAAGAUACUCAUCAACCAACCGUGGCGUUGGUGUGGGUGCAGCACCAAGUGGCUACCCCGGCCGUGGCCUAUACUUGGAGCUAGGAGGUGGGGAAAGGGAUUUGUCCCCUCCGUCUGAUAAUGUGAUGUUCGAUAAUCAGUGCUAUGCCACAACUCCGUCAUCAUCCAAUGGCAACUCUGAUCAGGAACCCUGUCGCCGCGACCGGGAGCAAGCUAUGCAUCAGAGACAGCAUCAUCACGGUCAGAAACCCUGCCUCUCUAGGCAGGCAUCUCAGUCUAGUGCGACGCCAGCCCCAGGCUCGCCUACAUCUCGUUUGCUGUUAGAAUAUGAAAUGCAUCUCCGCAAUACUCUCGCUAAGGGCAUGGACGCUGAGAGCUACAGCCUGCAUACAUUUGAGGCCCUGUUGAGUCAGAGUAUGGAAGACUUAGAAUACAACGAUAGCAUGCCGCCUUCAAAUCAGCGCAGUCCAUAUCCGUCUCGUAGAAGACCAGCAUCUCAAUGUUCUGGUGGUGGCAGUCGCUCCUCAACUUUGCCGUUGCCUCAUCGCCUCGGUGUUGAGAGACAGCACAGCGCACGCUCUGACCGUGAUGGAUAUUACAGUGAUCGUAACGAGCUGAUGAGGGAGAGAGAGCGGGACCGGGAACGUGAAAGGGGAUAUCUUAGCGACCAUAAUACGAGGGAUCGCGUACGUGAUCGUGAUCAAGGUUACCUGAGCGACCACCAAUCUAGUUUCGUAAGUGCAUCUCGUUGUGCUUCUUGCAUUGGUGAGUCAGCUCGGUCGGCUUGGUACCGUCAUUCUGAUGGAUGGCGAGGCGCUCCACCACCAGGCCCUCGUCGCUCACCUUGGGACUCUUUGCCGAGUCUACGACAUGAAGGCAGCCUUAACGACUCCGGUUACAGAAGCAAUCGAGCUGAUAGCUUUGAACAACGUGGUGUGUUCGACCGUCAAGACAGCGUGCGUUCUGAGUACACAAGUGAUCGUGAAUCCUCACGUUAUGGCAUCGUACAGCAAGCCUCCAUAGAUAGCACUGACUCCAGGAUUUGUUACUUGACUUCUAGCGAGGUGAGUGUUAUAAUAUUAUAA